AGAGAAAUAAACGUCUCAGUUUCACUUCAAUGGGAAUGUAUUUGUCACCUUUAGUGCGAACCUUCAAGGAUUAAAUGAGCCAUGAAUCAUAAAAGCAGCACGAAUAGUCACUUAAAGGGCUGUUGAGAAAAAAAAACACCCAGAAUCCAUUUAAAUGUUGAAUAGAGACACCUAUGACAAUCAUUUAAAGUGAUGAUUUAUGGACAAUAUAGACAUGAAGCCACCUCCAUUGGUUCUAAAUGAUAGAAGAGGAGGGGGCGUGUGUUUUAACAAUCCCUCCUCAGUUAACAACACCAACCUCACACACAAUGCCACAGAGGCUCCACGACAACACACGUCACACAAUAGGGUUCACCCUGCUAUAAAAUGUGGGAUGCGAGCAUGCAGCAGUCUUACCCCAUCCCUCCCUCCCUCAUACUCCCUCUCGCCUUUACUCUCUUCUUCCCUCUCGCCCAUCAGGAUCUCUCAGCGAGCAUGAGAAGACACAACUGAGAGGACAUUUACGCCGGACUCCUGGAUACUGAUGACCUGCGGAGGACAACUCUGCAACUGAGAUUUCUGCACAUUUCUACACACAUACAGCUCUACUCCGCACCAUGACCAGGAAGGUGUUCACCAACACGAGGGAGCGGUGGCGCCAGCACAACGUCAACACUGCCUUUGCAGAGCUCCGCAAGCUCAUCCCCACCCAUCCUCCGGAGAAGAAGCUGAGCAAAAAUGAGAUCCUGCGUCUGGCCAUGCGAUACAUCAACUUCCUGGUGCAGCUGCUGGAGAGCCAGAGCGGUCAGCCAGCCAGCCACUCCCCCACCGCUCUGCUCACCUUUCUCAGAGGAAACAUGGAGCAGCUGCACUCCCCUCCACAUCCCUGGGCCAUGACCAGUGACACUGAAGUCCCUUCACCUGGAUCCAGCUGCGACAGCUCCGAGGCCUGGUAGAAACCAUAAAAAAAGAGACCCUUGAGUGGACCUUCGGACACUUUCCCGGGUUUAA